ACCCCUUUUUGUGAAAAUUUUAAUGGUGAUGGAUGGGUGUGUGUGUGAGUGGGUUUGUGCUACAAUUACGCCAUUUGAAUGGCAUCAUCCCCAAAAAGGAGGAACACACACAAAUCACACUUUACAUUUUGACAGAUAUUUGACCACCUCCGCUGAGAGAGUCCCAUUAAAUAAAUAAACAGAGAGCUAGUCGUGAGCAAUAAACGGACGUGCUACGUGCGAUGACACAAAGUCGACGUGAAAUUCUGGCAAAAUAUGAAGGGAAAAUCAAUUUCUGGUUUCAGUAGAAAAACAUGCGCAAAUAUAAUCGAACAACCUAAGAAUAAGAAAAUACACACGGAUGGUCGCGGCGGUCCCAAAGAAUACAAGAAAUUUUUAUUAUGAAAAAUCAAAUAAUAAAUAAAAAUUAAUUCAAUAAAAUCAAAUUGAAAUUUUGUUAUUUGUGUUAGAUCUGCAAAGAGAUGAUAAAAACGUUACAUGGUUUUAAAUUUGAAAAAUAAUUUCAAAGAAAACAAGUGUUUGUGUUCUUGAUGACGGCAAUGAAAAAAUCCAAUCUCUUCUUCUCCAGUCCCCCAACAAAAAUAUCAAUAUUUUGUGAAUAGAGAAACGCCUUUUGGAAUGUGGUGAAAAGUGUUAGUGCAUAAUAAAAGGAUCUGUGAAAAAUAAUUUUCGGCAAAGUUAUGAAAACAAUAGUUUAAAAUUUUUAAAUAAAAAAAAUUGAAAAAAGUUUUUGUAAAUAAAAAAUCCUAACAACAUUUGAAAAGAAACUACCUACCUUCUCUUAACCAUUUGUUGUCUAUUUUUCCUGUGAGGAGAAAUCGACACUCAUUUUUUUAUUCGCGCCUUAAAGUCUGAAACAGGCGAUUGUUUAGCAUUGACUUUGUAAAAGAAUACGAAAAAAAAAAAAAAACAAAUAAAGAAACAAAACAAAGUGAAAACAAAUAAAAUAAAGAAAAAAACUUAAAGAAAUAAUAACACUCUCUGACAAUAAGAAUUUUAACAUAAUUGCUUUCUCGCGUAAAAAAAAGUUGUGCUCUCUGCCAUACGGUUGUUUGCUCUCGCACUCGAUUCGGCUCCUUUUCCUUUUUGUGUUGAAGAAUAUUUUGAUUGUUGCGGUUGUUUGUUUGGUCUUUUCGCCUGACGAUACUUCCUUUUCGUUGCCGGAGGAAUCGUGCAACGAGUAAACUUGUCGUGUCUGUAUGUCUGUACGUACGUGCGUAUACUUAAUAUGAUGCGUAAUAGUAGUGGUAAUGUUGUUCUUGUUAUUGCUGUGCAUAAUAUCCGGUUUUAAGGACUACUGCACGUAACAGACAUUAUUAAUCCCGAGUGAGUGAGUGUGUGCCUUGUGGAGGACGUGUGUAUGUUUUCCAACACCAAUUACAAAAUCGUUGGCCAGGUUUUCUUCUACUACAGAAACUCUCACAUACACACGCACGCACACAUAAAGAACAAACACCACCAAAAAUAAUUGGAGAGUUGUGAACAGAACACAGCAGCAUAACAUAAAUAUGGAAUCCGCACAAUCAACCACUUAUGAACCGCUAGAGGGCCGCAGUUCCGGCAUACGUCACGAACCCAUGGAUAGUCCAGAGAAUGAUAUACGUGCUCCCAAGGAUCAAAAACAUAUGGUCUAUUUGGCCAUGUUGGCAGCCGGCAUUGGUUUUGUUCUACCCUACAAUAGUUUUAUAAUCGCUGCGGACUACUGGCAGGCACGUUUUCCUGGACGUUCCGUCGCUUUGGACAUGUCAAUGACGUACAUUGUGGUUGCAUUUGGCACAGUCCUGCUAAAUAAUGUUUUCCUUUCGUUGGCACCGUUUCGAGUGCGCGUCAUGUUCGGCUAUAUUGUCUCCUUCACGACACUGGUGUUUGUGGCCGUGUGUGAGGUGGCAUGGCAUAUGUUUGCCGCCAACACGGCCUAUACGGUCAAUUUGGCAGCUGUAUCACUGGUGGCCAUUGGUUGUACAGUUCAACAAUCAAGUUUUUAUGGCUUUGCCAGCAUGUUCCCCAAACGCUAUACCCAGGCGGUGAUGACGGGCGAAAGUUUGGCCGGUUUUUUGGUGUCUUCCAAUCGUGUCGGCACAAAGCUGUUGAUACAGAAUGACCGAGUGUCAACGGUGAUUUUCUUUUUCACAUCAACACUGUAUAUUUUGUUCAGUUAUUUGUUGCAUUUGGCCACCAUUAAUUCGCCGUUUGUACGUUAUCAUAUGCGGGCGUGUGCCAAGAUUGUCCUGCGACCGGACGAGGAUCGUUUGAAUGAAAUUGAUGGAUCCACGCCCACAGCCAAGUAUGGUGUGCUGACACUAGAACCCAGCAGUCCAACAGUACCGAUUCCGAAUAAAACCACACCGGCUGCCUUGAGUUUCAGCAAUCCCGUUUACGAGCUAUCGAAUCCAUCGGCAGGCGAGAGUGUUAUUGAGGGCCUGAAUAAUUUACCCGACAUUCCCACAACUCCACAAGAGCCGGCCACACCCACAACAGUGGCUUUUAAAGUGGAACAUGUUUUGACCCCUGGCACCUGUACCCCAGGAAAAUUAAGUGAUUUAAAGACCGGUUUUGCAUCACGAUGGCAGGUGGCCCAAUCUAUUUACCCGUAUAUGGUCUGUAUUGCCUUGGCUUAUUGUGUGACCUUGUCACUGUAUCCUGGCAUUGAAUCGGAAAUCGUUUCAUGCAGUUUGGGCACCUGGAUGCCGGUACUGUUGAUGUUUACCUUCAAUACUUCCGAUUUGAUUGGCAAAACAUUGGCUGGGGUGCCAUACCCAUGGUCAAGGCGGCAAUUGAUUUUGAUGUCGGGAUUGCGUAUAGUUCUGGUACCACUGUUGCUGCUGUGUUGUGCCCCACGACAUCAACCGGUUAUUUCAGGAGAAACGGCAGCUUUCAUUUUCACCAUUGCCUUGGGCGUGAGUAAUGGUUUGGCCGGCAGUCUUCCCAUGAUGUUGGCCCCGGCCAAGGUAAAUGCAACUCUACGCGAGGUAACAGGCAAUAUGAUGACCCUGUCCUACAAUGUGGGCCUCACUGUGGGUUCUUUUAUUGGUUAUGUUUUCGAAUCGAUGCUGGGGGCACAGCUAACAAAUCCAUGUCCCAAAUACCCCUAUAUCAUGGAUCAUCCUCUGUAUUCGCAUUACACCACAACCACCACCAGUCCAUCGUUACUUAAUAAUGCCACAGCCAUUGCUUCGGCUAUUUUAACUUCCACAAUGGCACCACCCACAGUGGCCAGUCCCAGCAGCAGUAGUACAGCAAGUACCACGACGACCAUGGAAACAUCAACGUUGCUAUCGAUUUUAAACACCAGCACCUCAACAUCAAUGGCAGCAAUUGGUUCGAUAACCACAGCACCCAGUUUGGUGGCCUCCACAUCCAGCGGCACUUUGGCCGUGCUGUCGACAGUGGCUGCCACCGUGGCCACAAUUCCAGAUGUGGUGAAUACCGUCGUCAACACUUUGGUGACAACGAUAAACGAUCUCACAAGCACCGGCGAUCCUGAGACCCCAUCAGAGUUAAUGGCUAAGGUUUAGAUGCGGUGCUUUUAAGUUUCAUUGUUUUUCAAAUUAUUUUUGUAAGCCUUUAGAACGAGAAAGACAGACAGAGAGAGAGAGAGAGAGUGUCUCUAUUGAGUGGAUGUGCGAGUGAAUGAGAGAGUGUUUGUGUUGUGAAUGAAUGCGAGUAAUUGUUUUUGUUUUUGAAAUACUAGACAAUUUAUAAUCUGAGUAAAUGUUUGUGUAUAAGUUUGUGAGUGCAUGGGUGUGAGAGCGUGAGAGAGUGGAAGUGAAAUAGAGUUAGUUAUAUCUAGAAUCUUAGUUGUAUAAUGUCCAUGUCUUUAAAAAACCAAGAGAGAUACACGGUAAAAAAUAUGAAGAAAUAAUACAAACAAAUAAACUAUAAUUUAAGUUUUUGAAAAACAAAGAAAAAUAGGUUUUGCCACAUGGCACGCUAUUUUGUAAAGGUAGUACUGAAGGUUCAGCAAAUCACACAAAAAUAAAAAACGAUCCUAUGCAAAGUUAAUUUAUUAUGGUAGAGAAAUACUAGAGAAUUUUAAAGGGUUUAGUGUCAUUAAAAAAGUAUUCGUCUAGAGGGCGUUGUUUUGUUUACUUUUUUUACAUUUAACAUUAGUUACAAAAGGCUUCCUAUUAUUUUAUACUGGUACUAAAGGUGAGAACAGUUAAAACAGCAGAUUUUUUAUGAUUUUUGUAUACGACACCAUUCGGAUGUUGUUAUAAUACAUAUUUCUGUGGCGCUGUGGGAUGAACCAAACGUAAUGUUACGGUGCCCAAACGGUUACGGUUAUACCCUACACCAAGUAGUGGUAGGAUAUUAUGUCUUUGUGCAUUUGUUUGUAACAUGGAGAAGAAAGCGAGGAGAAAAAAGGAGAAUAUUUUGAGGAUCUUCAUAAAAUCACUUUCUGAGUCGAUAUAUGCAUGUCAGUCCGUCCGUACGUCUGUCCAUGUAUUUUUGUGAACAAACUGCAGGUCGUAUUUAUUAUCCGAUUGAGAUGAAAUUUUCCAAACAAUAUUUGUUUGGCCCGAUGACGAACCCUAUUGAAAUUAGUGAUAAUCGGAUCAGAUUUAGAUAUAGCUCCCAUAUAUCUUCAGCCGAUUUCGGGUUAAUUGUGCAUCAAAUGGCCAAUAUAAGUUCAAAAGAAUUUUGGCACAUCUAAACGAACUUAGUCUAGAAGCAAGUACAUCAAAUUUGGUGAAAAUCGGUUCAGAUAUAGCUAUAGCUCCCAUAUAUAUGUUUCAUCCGAUUUGUGGGUUUAAGUUCCUCACAUUCGUAGUAUGCACCCCAUCAGAAUGAUAUUUGGUACCAGAUAUCAGAUACCGCCCAGAAAUAUCUCCGCCAAAUUUUAUCAAGAUCGGUUCAGAUUUGGAUAUAGCUCCUACAUAUAUCUUCAGCCGAUUCCGUUUUAAUUGUGCCCCAAAUUGUGCCAAAGUCCAAAUGACCUGCAUUUUAGCACAUGCGACGGAAUUCAGUCUAGAAGCAAGUACAUCAAAUUUGGUGAAGAUCGGUUCAGAUAUAGCUACAGCUCCCAUAUAUAUGCUUCAUUCGAUUUUGGGGUUUAAGUCCCUCACACGCGUAAUAUGCAUCCCACCAGAAUGAUAUUUGAUACCAUAUAAUUUAUAGAGCUCGAAAAUAUCUUUGCUAAAUUUUAUGGGGAUCGGUUCGGAUUUGGAUAUAGCUCCCAUACAUAUAUUUAAUCCGAUUUCAAGUUUUUUGUGGAAAUAAUGGCUAAUAUCAGCCCAAAUGGAGUGAAUUUGGGGACGUACGUUUUCAUUUCAUGGGACUUGGCUCCGAUAUAUAUCGUUUUUAAAAUAAUCCUUCUCGAAGUGAUAUCAUGCACUCUAUAGCAAUGUUAUUUGAUAUGAAUGAUAAAAAUGUCUCCGUCAAAUUUGGUUAAAACUGAUUCAAAAUUGAAUAUGCCUCCCAUACAUUAGUUGCCUCUGAAACAAAAUUAUAACAGCUCUAAAGCCAAAUUUUGAUAGAUGGUAUGAUUUAUUCAAAUACAUUUUUUGUUACGGGAGCUCUACUAAAUAUGCAUAUACGCAAUAUGGUGUAGGGUAUCAUAUAGUCGGCCCCGCCCGACUUCUUAGUUUUCCUUACUGGUUUAAUGUGGCUUUAGGAGCUCGAUUUUUGUUUUUUUAAAGAAAAUAUGAAAUGAAAAAAAAAUAAUUUUUAAUUGUUUUUUUAAUAAUUUUUUUUACAAAUAAUCUUGGCUCCAGCUGCCAUUCUUUACUUCACAAAAAUCAGCUGAUCUCUUUACUACCUUUACAAAAUAACCUCCGUGCCACGAAGAGGACUCAAAUGAAAUCUAAUUGAGCCCUUGUUAGAUCUCAAAACCCCAACUGCUGUGUGUAAAUACUUCUUUUAGAAAUAUGUUUGUAUUUCGUUUUCGAUGCGUUCGUUCUAAUAUUUUAGGCCAUAAGAGCAAUGUUAUGCAGAAUAUAAAAACAAAAAAAAAAAAGAAAAUAUUAUUAAAUUAAAAAAAAAAUCAAAACCAAAGAUAACAAAACCGCUACAUAUGUAUAACCAAAUAUAUUUAAAAAAAAAGAAUUGAUCAUUAAAUGUCGAUAUGUUUUUCCAAAUUGCAUAUGAUUUAUAGUUUAUUACAUUUAUUUUGUUUUUAAGAGAAAAAAAUGUAAAUGGCGCCCAACGAAAGGUUUGAAGCCUAAGGGAUAGUGAUCUAAUAACCAGAAGUGGGAAAAAUUUGGCCAAUAUUAGUCCCAAUGUCCUGUAAUUUGGCACAUCUGACCUAGUCUAGAAGCAAGACCAUCAAAUUUGGUGAAAAUCGGUUCAGAUAUAGCUAUAGCUCCCAUACAUACAGGGUAAGAUAAUAGAACUGCAACAAAGUCAAAUGCCAUAUUUUUUUUUUACAUUUUAUUCAACAAAAACAAAAAAUGUCGCAACUAGCAUAAAAUUUUAGAAUGAAUUUAGAUUUUUUCGAAUUGGUCACUUUUGGCACGAAUUAUGACCUUCAAACGGCCAAUGAAACCAUCAUAUGCUGCCCAAAUGUUGCUCUGCGGUAUUUCGACCCAUUCCCGGCGAAGCGCUUGCUCGAGGUGAUUGACACUUUGGUAGUUUUUUAGUGCCAACCUUGCUUUCCAAAAUACUCCAGCCACAAUAGUCCGUCGGAUUGGUAUCCGGAGAUUUUGGUAGCCAUUGUGCGCUGGAAAUGAAGCGAGGAACCUUAUUUUGUAACUAUUCUUGGGUGGCGCGUGCUGAGUCCUGUUGGAAUGUUCAAUGUCUGCGGCCAAAAUGUUUGCGUGCCCAAGGCUUUAAUACAACCUCCAGAAUAUUUUCACCAUAAUAUUCGGCAUUUAUUCUAAUGCCACGGUCGAUUAAAUGAGCGGAGAGCGACAAUCGGCUGUUAUGGCGGCUCACACCACAGCAGCUGUCGGACGAGUGGCCUAGAAAUUAUAGCAGUCUGAAGUUGAUUGCAGUUUUUUCAUCUCACCCAAUACGCAUAAUGGUAUAGGGUAUCAUAUAGUCGGCAAUGCCCGACUUUUGACCUUUCUUUACUGUUUUUUUAUAUACUCAGCCAUAUGGCUACAGAGGCCGAAACAAAAUAACCGUUUUAAACCCUAGGUCUCUUUGGACCAACUCCGUUUCAGGACAUUUGGAGUCGAUCUAGCCAUGUCCGUCCGUCCGUCUGUCGCAAGAUAAUUCUCGAAGGAUGUAUCCGAUUUGAUCCAAACUUGGUACAUCGUAAUAUUAUUGCCAAACUUAGAUCGAGUUUGGAGAUGGACAAUAUCGGUCCACUCCUUCUGGUACCUCCCUCACAAAAUGUCAAAAUUUUCAAAGAAAAUAAUUUUCUGUAUAAAACGAGAAAGGAUAACCUGAUUUUGCUCCAACUUUGCAUAUCCCAAUAUUUGCGUAUGUGCUAGGUCAGGUGCGAAAUGAACGAUAGCGGUUCGGUCCGCUAUAUCUGGUGCCUCACGUAUAUUACCACAUUUUCCAAAAAUUUGCACAUGUCUCAUAUAAAGUACAGGAAGUAGUCGAUAUAGUCCAAAUCUGACGCGUUGUAAUAUUUAUAACAGUCUUAGGUCAGAUACGAACCAAUCAAUAUUGGCCGUUUUCGGAACCUGCCCCAUAAAGAGUCAAGAGUUUGAAUAAUCAUAAGUCAACGCUGGGGGUAUACAUCUGUCGGUAAAACCGACUGAUUCUAUUUGACUUGCCUUUUUGGAAAUUUUAAACUUUUGUGUGCGGGAUACCUACAGUUGAGGCCCAUUUUCUAUUACGAUCUCAGUUUUGUACACAUAUUACCAUUUACCAAGUUCGGACCCAAUUGAUAAAAAUUUUAAAGCAAUUUACCAUCGCGCACUUUUGUAAAAACUUUUCUUUAAAAAAAAUUAUUUUUUAAAAAUUUCCUAUACGAAAAAAGUCUCCUCAGUUCCUGAUGAGAUUUUUUUCCUAUGCGGAAAAAAGUCUCCUCAGUUCCUGAUGAGAUUUUUUUCCUAUGCGGAAAAACGUCUCCUCAGUUCCUGAUGAGAUUUUUUUCCUAUGCGGAAAAACGUUCCUGAUGAGAUUUUUUUCCUAGAGUUAACUUCGAGAGUUAUCGAGUGCUCCAGCCGCCCAGAGUAUUUACUUUAAAUGCCCUGAAACUGAUUUCGUCCAAAGAGACAUUGGAUCGAAAACCUAAAUUUGGAUGAGUAUGCCCUGAAACUGAUUUCGAACAAAGAGACAACGAGAUACCAUGGGAAUGAUAAUUGUUUUCUUGGCAUAUCUUUAGCUAAGCUUUAAGCGUUUCUUAACUUUUCACACUACUCAUCUUCAUGGCGUUGAAGAAAUGAGGUCACGACCAUGUUUUGGUUAAUGAAACAACAGCAACAACAACUCACGAAUAUUCAAAAUUCGCAGCAUAAACCAUAAAAAGCCAGAGCUGACUUGACAGCUCAGCAAACAAUGUAAACUAUUAACAACAGAUUGAAGACAACAAUACGAGUUGAUAUUGAUUUACUGACCAGAAGCAAUUCAGUAGCAGCUGACGAUUGCUCGAGACAAGACCACAAUAAAAACACAACAAAGCGCUUGACAAGAAACCAAAACAACGACAGAAAAAUGAAACAGCUUCUGGUCAUUUGUGCCAUUGCAAUGGCAAUGAAGGUAAAAAUUCCAAUCUGAAAACACCUACAAAACUCAUCAGCAUUAAAAUGUAGAUUUCUUUCGUUACAGCCACGGAUGGCGCCCAAUUGAACUUGGAAGACUUUAAUGAUCCCGUGGUAUUUUACAAAUCAGCCAAACAAUUGGCGGAGAAAUUUGAACCUUUGGUGAAGCAGGUUAUUGGAGAACUUCCACAAGAGGAGGAAUCAUAUGUGAAACACAGAGAGGCAUUGGAAAAUUAUUUGUUAAAAUCCCAGGAGACCAAAGCGACUCCAGAAAUUUGUUUUAUUAAAGUUUUUAAAUUGUUGGAAGAUUUCAUUGAUGUUGUGGCGCCUUAUAAACAUAAAACGGAUGAUGUUGCCGUGGAGGAUCUGAAAGUGUUGGAAUUGUUUAAUCAGCAUGGUUAUACGGAGCUGGAGAAAAAAUUGUUGGAUUUGGUAUUGCAGUAUGAUGCUGUGGAAUUCAGCAAACGUGUGGCAAGCUUGAAUCCUGAGGUGGGCCAUGAAUUAUUGGGAGUGUGCGAGAGAUGAAAAGGGGGAUUUAACUGAGAAGAAGAGAGAAAAUGCUAGAAGGGGAUCAUAAAAAUCGAAUAUAUGGUUUUAAAGCCUGAAAAUUUUAUGUUGUUUUUGUUGUUUUUUUAUUAAUAUACUUUGAUUCAGAAAUAACGCCUUUGAAUGGGUACAUUUUCAUUUCAUUGGAUUUUUCUUAAAUGUUCGGCGUUUCUUUUUUUUCUUUGGAGUAUGGGAUAGAUCCCGAAAUUACAAAUUAAAGACAAUAGGGCUAGAAAUUGUGUUCGAAAAAUUUAACAUACAGAGUUAUUGCUAAAUGGAGGUGCAAAUAAAUAAUAGAUCUAUGCUCAAAAAUAUUCUUUCCUCUGGGAAAAUAUUCUUGAAAAAAUAUGAUUAUGGCAUUUAAUGUCCGUAAAAAAUAUUUAAAAAUCUACGAUAAACUUCUUCAAUAAACUCCAGCAAUAUAACCAUACAAGUCCCUGAAAAUAUAUUCGUCAAAAAAUUUACGACAUCCUUGAAUGGCCUUACAAAUGUAAGUUCCUCUUAAAUUAUUCCUCAAAAGAUCAAUGAUUUAGUUUGUAAAGCCCAUGAAAUUUUCCCUUAAAAUCCGCGUUAAUAACCUUAAUGGUUCUUCGCAAAUAUUCUUAAAAACUACGUUUAUAGCUCGGAAUGUCUUUGAAAAAUACUAAAUGGUACAAAGCACGUAAUUGUACUAAAAAUGAAGCCAUUUUUGGAGCCAAAUUUUUACAUAUUUGGCGUUAGCCUGCUCAUAUUACGCAUUACUGCUGCAGACACGAGAUAAGGAGGGGUUUUUGGAAUUAAGUAUCAAUAGGUACUAAAUAUUAUCCAGUUAGAACUACAAUUCUGACAUUUGGAAUAUUUCUUGGUCAGACAGUAGACACAUUUUUUCAAAAUUUGAUUAAACAUUUCGCAUAUAUUUGGUAGUUAAAAAGUGCCAAAAGUACUAAAUGCAAAUGUAGCAAAAAUUCUAAAAUUUGCCAAGGUGGUCACUGAUGGGACUGAGCGGAAUUUACGAAAAGUACUAAAAACUCAGCAUUGAUGUUUAUUGUUUGGGGUGAGAUAAAAUGGAUUAUUUUAAGAUUAUUCCUCUAGAGAUUGGCAAGUACCAAAAUGUACAAAAUAGUACAAUGUAGUAGUACCCAUGGUACAAUGAAUUCAAGGUAGGGCAGAACUACCAUAUGAUUUCAAUUUUUUUAUUUUUCUGGCUUAAUAUGUCAACUUCAUUUGUUUAUGUGUAUGUAUUCAUUUCAAUAAUAAAUAAAUUGUUCAGAAAAUAUUCAAAUUCGGGUGUUUUCAAAAUGUUUAUUGCGACGUACGCAUCGACAAAAUCUACAGUUUUUGUCGCGAAAUAAACCAUAAGAGAUAUAUAGAACAUGAUUUUGAAAGGAAAUUUUGACCUUUCAUUCCGUUUUCGCGGUUUUAAAUUAUUUAUUCAAAAUCAAUGCAACAAGUUGUUUGCUUUUUUAUUGUUUUGAUAGUAAUUCUGACAUUACAAGCCAAACAGGUAGACCUCUAUACUUGCAAUUUUUUCAAAGUUAGCCUACCUUGUACUCAUUGUACCAUGGUAGUACCACUAUGCGUAAUUAGUAGAGCUCCCGUAACAAAAAGUUUAUGUUGGCAAUUUAUGUAAAGGAGCUCAUUCCAACUAUGAAACUAAUUUGAAUGCGUAUCAUGGAUUUGAAGUAGUCACAAUUUGUCACAAUUUUCAUAUUCGGUUGAAUGUCAAAAAAUUUAUACAAUUUCGAGAAGGAAGCGAUAUAUGUCCAUAAUUACUUUUGAGGAUGUGCAUAGAAUUAUAUUCUGAGUCGAUUUAUGCAUAUCAGUCCGUGGGAUCAUGUAUUUCUGUGAACAAAAUGCAGGUCGCAUUUUUUAUCCGAAUGAGAUUAAAUUGGCCAUAUAUAUCUUCAACAUAUUUCGGGUGAGUAGUGCACCGAUUUGGCACAACCGACCUAAUUCAGUCUAGAAGCAAAUACUUCAAAUUUGGAGAAAAUCGGUUCAGAUAUAGCUAUAACUCCUAUAUAUAUGUUUCAUUCGAUUUGAAGUUUUAAGUCCCUCACAUGCGUAAUAUGCACUCCACGACAAUGAUCUUUGGUGCCAGAUAUCAGAUACUGCUCAGAAAUAAGUGUGUAAAAUGUUGUCAAAAUCGGUUCAGAUUUGGAUAUAGCUCCCAUAUAUACCUUUAUCCGAUUUCAGGUUUAUUGUGCACCAAAUGACUUAUAUCAACCCAAAUUAACUGAAACUGGAGCUCUACCAAAUACGCAUAGUGGUGUAGGGUAUCAUAUAGUCGGCUCUGCCCGACUUUUGACCUUUCCUUACUGGUUUUCAUUGCAAUACUCUUGGCAUAUAUCGGUAAUUUUCGUCUGAUAACUCCUAUUCAUAUAUAAAAUCUCAAAUUAAUGAUUAAAAUGGACGAUAACGCCAAAAAAACGUCUUUAUUGAAAUUAAGGUUUUAUACGCCACUUCGAAAUCCAUUUCAGGACAUUUUUUAUCGAUCAUACAAUUCCUUUGUCUCUCUAAAAGACGUGCUAUAAAAAUUCACCUUACCUUUUCUUCACACCCAUAUCUUACAUAAGGUCGGGCAGUAAGUCCAACUAAGUUUAUUGUCAAAAGUAGUCCUUAUUUGGGGCUUGCUCACACCUAGUAUUACUUUAUACUACAUCAUUAUAAAUAUAUUUUCUUAAAUAAACAACAUAAUUUCAUGAAACCUUAAAUACAGAAAAGGCUUUAUUUCUUUGCUAGAAAACUUAGGCUUCAAACUUUUCGCUCGGGUUUUAUAAGCUUUUAUAUUUCCAUAUUUUUUUGCGAUCUUUCGGAAUUCAAAAUUUUGUUUUCUUGUUCAAUAAUUGUUGUCAUAGAUAUCAUUAAAUAUAAGUAUAAACAAAUAAAUCCAUGAAAGUGAAUAAUAAAAAAAAAAAAAACAAAACCAAUACAAACAUAACAUACAAUAAUAAUAAUUAGUUUAAAAGAAUGUUGAAGAAACAACCAAACGAAAAAGAAAUAAAGGUAAACUACAAUAAUAAGGAGAAAACUUACAUACACACUCAUAAAUCCAUCCCCCUUGUCCCCAAUCAUCUUCUCACCACCACCAUAGAUUACAAUAAACUUACAAAUAAUUUUUCAAAUAUUGCCUAAAACUUAAGAAAACCUACCCUCCCCCUGGCCCAGCCCCCCUCAAACAGAAAACCAAACAAACAAUAUCUUUUAUAAGCGAAAUAAGCUAUGAAAACAACAAUAACAACAUGACUUGAAUACUCGAAUAUUAAGAGCAAGGAAUUUGAAUGAAAUAAAAAUUUUGAAAAAAAAAAAAAAAAACAGAAAAA